AAAAAGUUGAGCAACGCCAUUACCCAUUGGGUCCAGCGCCGUACAUAAGUGUAUGCAACAGUUGACGGUAAGCAGGUUUUAUGGGGUGAACUACUCCUAGAGAUGGACAACAAAUUAGAGGUUUUGCUUUGUUAAAGGCGUUGCUGCCAGGAGGCCUGUAGAGGCUUAAAGAGGUCGCAUGCUACCUUAUCUUAUUACAAGGCAAGCAUUUGCCUUUACUCAUCGCUUACCAUACCGUCUUCAAUUCAUAAAGAGCAGCACGUCGUCGGAAACAACUAACCGCCUCGUCGGCGCACCACUUCGCUCUGCGCUCACACCGAUCUGCGGCAAUUUGGUCGCUAUGUCAACAGCACCUGCAAAGACUGCAUCCUGUAGUGAAGGCCAUGAUGCGCUACACGGCAAUGCUGUCCUGCCAUCGCAUCAUGUUGAGAACCCGGGGUUGCUUGGGCCACGCUUCAGAAACCCCUGGGACACCUUCGAAGGUCGCUCCUUCUCGGAGGUUAUGAGAUGGCACCGGGAACGGCGCCAGGCCGGAGGUCCUGCACCGGGGCACCUGAUGGGCAUCCCGAAGCCGACUGAAGCCGACUACCGUCGCGCCUUCCCCCUGCACCCGGUGGACUGGUCAGCGCUGGCCUCACCCCCGGCUGGAGGGCUGCAGGCGGUGUGGGUGGGGCACGCCACGGUGCUAGUGCAGAUGGGCGGUGUGAACCUGAUCACCGACCCGGUCUUCAGCGACCGCUGUGCGCCGGUGCAGUUCGCGGGUCCCAAGCGUGUGGUUCCCCCCGCCCUGACCGGCCUCGAGCCCCAGCUGCCCCCCCUGGACCUGGUCCUCAUAUCGCACAACCACUACGACCACCUGGACACCGCUACCGUACGAACGCUGCACCGGCGGUACGGCAAGUCCCUCACCUGGUUUGUUCCGCUGGGUUUGCGGCCGUGGUUCCGGAGCGAGGGGGUGCCCGCCGCCCAGGUGGUGGAGCUGGACUGGUGGCAGCGGGCGGAGCACACGUGCGCCAGGACGGGGGCGAGUGUAACGGUCACCAUGGUCCCAGCACAGCACUGGAGCGCGCGAGGCGUCCUAGACCGCUUCCGCACCCUGUGGGGUGGCUAUGUGGUCUCCACACCCCCUCAACAGCAGCAGCCCCAGCAGCAGCAGUCCUCAACACCGCAUUCGCAACAACAACAGCAGCAGCAGCAACAACACCAGUCGCAGGAAGGAAAGCCAGACGAACUGCCACCCCCCACCUCCUCCACCUCCUCACCCACCCAAGUUGCCGCCAGCAGCAGAUGUUGCGCCGGAAGCAGGGUUGCACCUGCGCCCGUCCCUGCCGCCGCUACUACCUCCACUGCUGCUGCUGCCGCCCCGACUGCCCCUGCUGCCGCUGCCGCCCUUGCUGCCCCUCUGAAGUUCUUCUUCGCGGGGGACACGGGGUACUGCAGCGUGUUCCGGGAGGUGGGGGAGCGGCUGGGGCCCAUUGACCUGGCGGCCAUACCCAUUGGGGCGUACGAGCCCAGGUGGUUCAUGCGGCCGCAGCAUGUGGAUGCGGUGGAGGGGCUGCAGAUCUCGCGCGACGUGAGGGCGGCUGUCAGCAUCGGCAUACACACGGCCACGUGGGCCCUAACCGACGAACCGUUGGACGAGCCACCCAAAAAGCUGCAGGAGGCAGUGGCGGCAGCCGGCCUGCCUCCCUCCUCCUUUGUCACGCUGCAGCACGGGGAGCGGGCGGUGGUGGUGGGGGGCCGCCUGGUCAACAACCCGGCCACUCUACCCGUCCAGAUGGGAGCGACAGGGGGGAGCAGCGAGGCGGAGGGGAAGAGGAAGGAAGCGUGAAGGGGUGAGGCGAAAGCGUACGGAUAGCUAGGGGGGCGAUGUGUGGUGGUCAGCCGUCAACCGUAUUCUACACCCACUUGCUCCGGCAGUUGGGAGAGGAGGAGGGGCUGCAAUGUCGCAGAAGAACUCGUACUUUUAUGAACUUGCCUACCACGGUUUAAUGUCCUACAUGACUGACGAGUGUGAGUGGACUGAGCGCUGGAGUCCUUCCGAGGGGGGCCUAACCUGAAGGGGGGCUUGACCAAUGUACCCAUGCAUACCGGUAUGCGGAGUGCCUAUAUACCGUGGUGCGUGCGGACAGCCUGAGUGCGUAUGUAGUGCUAAUUAGCGGGGGACUGACUGCGACACACAGGGUAUUGCAAGCGACCUCUUAUAGGGUGCUGUGGACAGGCGUGACUGCCGUAGCUCUUGUUCCCUUGUCACCUUGUCAUGUAUGCCGUACAUCUUACUUUUUGUGCCGUACCGGUGCGUUACCCCUUGUGUCGUAUUGGAAGAACCGGUAUUUGCCGUACUGGAAGGGUGCUGCGUUGCCGAUUCUGUCGUUUCCGCUCCUUGCGCUCUAAACACUAAACACUAUUAAUGUGAACUUUACCGAGGAAGCGGUUUGACGGUCACGCUAUUUGCGACUUUGACCGGGCCGCACCGGGCUGCGGGACACUCGCUGGGGGCCUUAUGCAGGCGGUGAAUGCUGCUGCCACGUCAUGUGCGGCAGAUGCGGAGGAGUGGCUGUGCGGAUCGCAUUCUAAACUGGGACGCCGACCCUGGUGGUGGUGGUAGAGGGUGCUGUCAAGUAUGACAGUACCGUAAGCGGGUGGUCACGAGCAGUCAUGCGGUGCGAGCCGUACACGCACCGGUGUAUAGGCGGCGCUGCUGGGAUGCGGGGUAAUCACUCAUGCCAGUAGCGCCUGAUAGUGAAAGCUGGUGAUAAGGAAACUUGUUCCUUUACGAGUCAUCGAGUCUGCAAACUAUAAUUGCAGCAAGUGCGCCGGUGGAUGUUGGCUUUCUUAUAUUCACUGCUUGGCGAGGAACGGGUUGUUGCGCCACGUUUGUGAUGCAGCUUUCACAAGUACCCUCCUCCGCACACCCCCUACACCACUUGUGGUCUCGAUGCGUACGGGCUGGUUUCUCUUUGACCUCCUACACCCCUGCAGACGCGCUACCUUUGCCCUCGUGUCUGGGACCGGGCUCAGUAUUAAUCUGCC